AUGGGUAGACGAAGAGUAAACUGUUGUGGUGUCUAUCCAGAUAUUGUGAUAGAGCGCUCGAUAUCUUCCCCUUUGAAUUCAUCCACUUCUUCGUCUUCCUCCUCAUCGUCGGAAGAGGAUGAGGAUACACACGAGAUUCCCAAAGCUUAUCGAUGUUCCAGACAUUGUUGUGGUCAUCCUAUUGUCACAUUUCCACAGACGGUACAAGAUCAACCGGAGAGUAAUGCAUCACCGAAUCAAUUUCGGACAUCACAGUACAAUUUCCGUGUAAAGGAGACCAACAAAUACGAUAAAAAGGAAGAAGACCGGAAGNCGGAAGAGUAUCAAUGA